AUAAAUCACACCUACCUGUGAAACUUCCCACCCUUUUUUGGACCCCAAUUUGUUCGAAGGCUUUCACCAUGAGUCUGCAGUGGGCCGCCGUGGCCACUUUCCUCUACGCUGAGGUCAUUCUGGUGUUUCUCCUGUGCAUUCCCUUUAUCUCUGCAACAAGAUGGCAGAAAAUCUUCAAGUCCCGCUUGGUGCGUCUCCUGGUGACUUAUGGGAACACCUUCUUUGUCGUGCUGAUUGUGAUUCUUGUCCUCCUGUUUUUGGAUGCCAUUCGAGAGAUCCGGAAAUAUGACGACGUGACCGAGAAAGUGAACCUACAGAACAAUCCUGGAGCUGUGGAGCACUUUCACAUGAAACUUUUCCGAGCCCAACGCAACCUGUACAUUGCUGGCUUUUCGCUGCUGAUGUCCUUCCUGCUGAGACGUCUGGUCACGCUGAUCUCCCAGCACGCCACCACCCUGGCCUCCAACGAAGCCUUCAAGAAGCAGGCGGAGGGAGCCAGCGAUGCCGCCAAGAAGUACAUGGAGGAGAAUGACAAGCUGAAGAAGGAGCUGAAGCUGGCAGGGAUCGAUGCUGGAGAUCUGAAUGCGAAAGGCACCGGGGUUCUGGAAGAGAACAAAGCCCUGGAGGCGGAGGUCAAGAAACUGAAGGACGAACUGGCUUCCUCAAAGAGAGCCUUGGAGAAGGCCGAAAGCGAGGCACUGGCAAUGCGCAAACAGGCCGAAGGACUGACCAAAGAGUACGACCGGCUGCUGGAUGAACACUCCAAGCUCCAGGCAGCGUGCGACGGCCCGAGGGACAAGAAGGAAGAGUGACCCCCACCCCGUCUCUGGCCCUGGCUAGUCCUCGUUCCAUCUGCUGGUCGCUAUACAUUCUUUCCCCCACCCCGGGUCUGGGGGGGACCUAGCUGAGCCCUCUCAUUCUGGACAUCGGUUUGGGUGGGGUGGGGGGCGCUUAUUCCUCAUCCACCCCACCCCCCCUUCCAGGCAACUCUAGCUUUGAGUGGAUGGUUAACUCUUCACGUCGCUGCCUUUCUUUGCCUUCCCGAGACUAGCUGUGUGCUUACCAGCAUGGAACUGAAGGCCCGACUUUGCAACCAGGGAAUUUAUUGUUUUCUUGCUUGGAGAGGGGUGGGGGAAGGAAGACCACUGGGGUGAGGCAGGAGGGGGCUGGGCCAUUGGAGGGGGAGGUUCCUCUGGCUAUUCUCGCACAUGUUGUGGCCCCGCUCCCCCAGGUGUUCUCCUUCCUUCCUCGCCUUCCCCCAAACUUUAGGUAGCGCGCCGCUCCCUCCAAAGCUUUACGGGGAGCGUGAAGGGGCUUGCCGCCGCUGGGAGCGAGGAAAUACCUGCUUUAGUAUGUCUCACACCCUCUGUAAUUUUUUAUAUAUAUGUAUAAAGGACAAGGUGUUUGUAACGAAGCGGCUCAUUAAAACCUCUGGAACAAAA